AUGUUAUCUUUAAUGGUCAUCUAUGAUGGGGCCAAGACCAGGGUAAGGACUUUGGGAGGCGACUCAGAGCACUUCCCAGUGGUGAUGGGGCUGCAUCAGGGAUCAGCUCUUAGCCCAUUUUUAUUCUCCUUGGUGAUCGAUGGAUUGACGCGACAAAUUCAAGGUGAGGUGCCAUGGUGUAUGUUAUUUGCAGAUGACAUAGUCCUUAUUGACGAGUCUCGCAGCGGGGUUAACGCUAAGCUGGAGGUUUGGAGACAAACUAUGGAGUCUAAAGGGUUCAAGUUGAGUAGGACCAAGACAGAGUACUUGGAGUGCAAGUUCAGUGAUAUAGUACAUGAGGCUGACGUGGAAGUGAAGCUUGGCACCCAGGUCAUACAGAAGAAAGAUAGUUUCAAGUAUCUUGGGUCUAUUAUACAAGGAAAUGGGGAGAUUGAUGAUGACGUCACACAUCGUAUUGGUGCAGGAUGGAUGAAAUGGAGGCUUGCCUCCGGAGUGCUGUGUGACAAGAAGGUGCCACCGAAACUUAAAGGCAAGUUCUACAAAGUGGUGGUUAGACCAGCUAUGUUGUAUGGGGCGGAGUGUUGGCCAGUCAAGAAAUCUCAUGUUCAGAAGAUGAAAGUGGCCGAAAUGAGAAUGCUGCGGUGGAUGUGUGGGCACACUAGGAGUGAUAGGAUUAGGAAUGAAGUCAUCCGAGACAAGGUUGGAAUAGCCUCAGUGGAAGACAAGAUGCGGGAAGCGAGGCUGAGAUGGUUUGGGCAUGUGAUGCGGAGAGAUGAAAAUGCCCCGGUGCGGAGGUGCGAGAGGUUGGCCAGCGACGGCUUCAAAAGAGGUAGAGGUAGGCCGAAGAAGUAUUGGGGGGAAGUGAUUAGACAGGACAUGGCGCAUUUCCUGCUUACGGAGGACAUGACCCUAGAUAGGAGGGUUUGGAGGACUCAUAUUAGGGUAGAAGGAUAGUAGGUAGUUGCGUUUAUCAUCCCUUGAGAGUUGUUAUAUUGUUGUAUAGUUUCUUGUCUCUUGAUUUCUGCGAGUAUCUGCUGGUUAAUAAUGGCUUAUUUACCUUCAUUGUUUUCAUUUUCAUAGUUAUUUAUAGCAGUUAAUUCUCCUUU